AGAGAGCUCAGAGCUCCCCACGGUCCGGGGUCUGGAGAAAGAAAUUCAGCAGCGGCCGCCGCUUUGGUUGAUCGGUUGCUGCCGCCGGCACCGCUACCUGCUGAUCCCGCUCCCUUGUCGCGCACCGGCACCGCUGCUGCUCUCCCGCCUCGCACCUGCCCCGGCGGCCCAGUCCCCGCGGCAGCCGCCGCGCUGCAGGCUUGUCGCCUUGGGUUCAGGACCAUUCUGCUGGAGAUUUUUGGAUCUGGAUUGAGACUAACACGGAUUAAUGACCGGAUUCUAAGAUUGCUCUUUGGUGACCGAUCUGCUUAUGCAUCCUUUGUCAUGGCAAGCAGCAUUGCAGUAAAAGGAGUUAAUAAUUGGGGCAGGCCAAAUUGGCUCCGCGUCCUCCCUUGUGCCAGUAAUUAUUUCUGCACCUCCAUCUAUGCCACCAAAGGCAAACAAUUUGACAUCACCAAGGGAAUGGAUAGAUCAGAGAUGAAGGGGCGAACAAAGCAAGUCUUUGUUAGCCAUGCCUCUUAUCCUGUAUCUGAAGGCAACAUCCUUAAGAAAACCACCCAUCGGGACGGUUCUAUAUACAAGAUAAACUAUGGUCUUCUAAAGCUAUGUCAUCUUACUCAACGUGAUGAGACACAACUAGAGCCGAUGAUGUUCUCAAAUCCUAUGAAUUGUUUCCCGGAUAGGGAUAGAUGCAUGGUACAUUCUGCAACUGCUAUGAUGCAGAUUUUCUCGCUGAAAUUGGAAAAAGCUAGUACCAACAUCAGCUUGGUACAACUAUAUGGAUAUAUAGCAGUGCGUGAUCGUUAUGAUUCAUUGCUUAAUUAUAUUUUCAAUCGUAGCAGAGAUGAUCCCAUCAUUGUGGAACAGGGUUCUCUUAUUGAGAUGACUGGCCCUAAGAGAGGCAUCACAAUGGUAGCCCCUGCUCUAGUUGAGUUUGACAUGAGGAUCAAGAAAGGAAAUCAAGAAGAUGAUCUACAACUAAUUGAUGGUGCAAUGGAGUACCAUGAUCUAGUCACACCUGAGUAUCCAUUCACGCAUCGGAUUAAUGGAGAUUGUGGUGCGGUUGACAUCACUUUAGCCCUCGUUCGUUGGGCAUUUGAGGCCACAAUAGAUGUUGUCAUAUUGAAAGUGCAGUGUGGAUUUGAUUUAUCUCUCAGUUCGUGUGUUUUCCUAAUGAAUGGUUUACAUGAGAUUCAACUCUUUCGUGGUAGUGUUGUUGAGUCAUGUGGUUUAAGAAGAUAUGUGAUUGCUGUAAAGAAGGAUACUUUGAUGUAUUUGAAGUUCAAGGUAGGCCAGAAUAGUUGUAAAAAUGAUCUUGAUCACCAUUGUUCAUUCAAAGCAAAAAAGCAUGGGCAUGACUAUCAGCAAAUCAUGCUUGAGCUUGAGUAUCUCAGCGAAGGUGACUUGGUCGAACUUGCAAAGGUCCGGCUCGAGCGUGGGCCGGCGCAUGCCCACGACGACCAGGAUGCGAUAGGCGCCUGCCCCGGCGCGGGCGGAUGACGGCGGGAAGAACGGGUAGAGGUGGAAGAUGACAUGUUUAUUUUUUUGAAGGGAUAGAAGAUGGCAUGUAGGUGGGGGUGAUCUGCAGGCGACACACGCACAGGAGAUACGUAUAGAAGGGCCUUAUGUCGUCGCACGAGUUGCGCUGUAUUGAAGCGGAGACAUGCAUGGCUCAGCAGCAGUCGGCUGGAGAGCAAAUAAAUCGGCCAUGUGAAUAUUAUGUGAUGCCCAUUUGUCUGCACGUACGCACGUGGAUGUUGGGAUCUUCUGACGACACAUACGUUGUACCAAUCGCUCGGGAGAUUAGAUGAUCCAGAGCACAUAUAAUAUCAUGGAAAUUAGUAUUUUCUCUGAUCCAUAUUACUUGUUGACUUGGGCAUCGCUCAGCGCCAAAUUCUUCAUCUGGCUGGCUCUUUUGGACCGUUGCUGGACUAGCGAGCGUCUGGCCCGGCACGGCCUGCCUCAUAGCCCACCUUGCAUCUUCUGUGAUCAAGCCGAUGAGUCCAUGCAGCUCAUCUUCAUUGGGUGCCCUCUCUCGCGCGCGGUCUGACACGACGUCUACUCCGCCCUGCGCCUGACUACUACCGGCUCAAUGCCAGUUUGUAACUUGACCCUCUUCUUUAUGUUUGAGUAGUUGUAUUUGUUCU